CCCGAGGGAGCGCGCCGCCGGCCGGACUUGCCUCGCUCGCGGGGCCUGCAGAGAGCGGCGGCCAGCGGGCUGGAGGCGCGGGGCCCGCCGGAGCGGCGGCGGCACGACCGGGCGGCGGCGGCGGCGGCGGGGAGCGGGCUCCGGGCGCAGGGCGGGCGCCGGGGCGCGGCGCGCCGGGGAAGAUGACCGCGGGCUCGGCCGUGCUCCUCGUGCUGCUCGCGUUCUCCGCCGCGCUCCGGGCCCAUAAUGGGGAUCUUACAGCCAGGGAGACCUGCAAGGUUGGAUUCUCCGAAGAAGAUUACACAGCAUUAAUCUCCCAAAACAUUCUGGAAGGAGAGAAGCUACUCAAAGUCAAGUUCAGCAGCUGUUUGGGGACCAAGGGGACGCAAUAUGAGACCAACAGCAUGGACUUCAAAGUCGGGACGGACGGGACAGUCUAUGCCACACGGGAGCUGUGGAUACCCUCCGAGCAGGUGGCUUUCACUGUGACUGCGUGGGACCGCCAGACGGCCAAACGUUGGGAUGCCGUGGUUCGGCUACUGGUGGCCCAGGCCUCGUCCUCACACUCUGGACACAAGAUCACACCGCAGAAGGGGAAGAAGAGUGCAGCUCUGCACCCCUCGCAGCCUCCCAGCGACAUGCUGCUGCCAUGGCCCCAGCAGCAGAGGUCCACCGGGCUGAGACGUCAGAAACGGGACUGGGUUAUUCCCCCCAUCAACGUGCCAGAAAAUUCCCGUGGGCCCUUCCCACAGCAGCUGGUGAGGAUCAGGUCCGACAAGGACAACGACAUUCCCAUUCGGUACAGCAUCACGGGCGUGGGCGCCGACCAGCCCCCCAUGGAGGUUUUCAGCAUCGACUCCAUGUCUGGCCGGAUGUACGUCACACGGCCCAUGGACCGGGAGGAGCGGGCCUCCUACCACCUCCGAGCCCACGCUGUGGACAUGAACGGCAACAAGGUGGAAAACCCCAUCGACCUGUACAUCUACGUCAUCGACAUGAAUGACAACCGCCCCGAGUUCAUCAACCAGGUCUACAACGGUUCCGUGGAUGAAGGCUCCAAGCCAGGCACCUACGUGAUGACAGUCACAGCCAACGACGCUGACGACAGCACUACAGCCAAUGGAAUGGUGCGGUACCGGAUCGUGACCCAGACCCCACAAAGCCCAUCCCAGAACAUGUUCACCAUCAACAGUGAAACAGGGGACAUUGUGACAGUGGCGGCCGGCCUGGACCGAGAGAAAGUCCAGCAGUACACGGUCAUCGUUCAGGCCACGGACAUGGAAGGGAACCUCAACUACGGCCUCUCGAACACAGCCACGGCCAUCGUGACGGUGACAGACGUGAACGACAACCCGCCAGAGUUCGCCGCGAGCACGUAUGCAGGGGAAGUCCCCGAAAACCAGGUGGAGGUGGUGGUUGCAAACCUCACCGUGAUGGACCGAGAUCAGCCCCAUUCACCAAACUGGAAUGCGUUUUACCGCAUCAUCAGCGGGGAUCCCUCGGGGCAUUUCAGCAUCCGCACUGACCCUGUCACCAAUGAGGGCAUGGUCACCGUGGUGAAGGCGGUCGACUAUGAGCUGAACAGAGCAUUCAUGCUGACUGUGAUGGUGUCCAACCAGGCGCCCCUGGCCAGUGGGAUCCAGAUGUCCUUCCAGUCCACAGCAGGGGUGACCAUCUCAGUCGUGGACGUCAACGAGGCCCCCUACUUCCCCUCCAACCGCAAGCUGAUCCGCCUAGAGGAAGGCGUGCCCACCGGCACCAUGCUGACCACAUUUUCAGCAGUGGACCCUGACCGGUUCAUGCAGCAGGCCGUGAGAUACUCAAAGCUGUCGGACCCAGCGAACUGGCUGCACAUUAACGCCACCAAUGGUCAGAUCACCACGGCCGCCGUCCUCGACCGCGAGUCCCUCUACAUCAAAAACAAUGUCUAUGAGGCCACCUUUCUGGCGGCAGACAAUGGGAUGCCCCCGGCCAGUGGCACCGGGACCCUCCAGAUCUAUCUCAUCGACAUCAAUGACAACACCCCGGAGCUGCUGCCCAAGGAGGCGCAGGCCUGUGAGAAGCCCAGCCUGAACGCCAUCAACAUCACAGCAGCCGACGCCGACGUGGACCCCAAUGUCGGCCCCUACGUUUUCGAGCUGCCGCUGCUCCCAGCCACCGUGCGGAAGAACUGGACCAUCACACGCUUAAACGGGGACCAUGCACAGCUCAGCUUGCGCAUCCUGUACCUGGAAGCCGGGGUGUACGAUGUCCCCAUCAUCGUCACAGACUCUGGGAACCCCCCUCUGUCCAACACGUCCAUCAUCAAAGUCAAGGUGUGCCCGUGCGACGAGAAUGGUGACUGCACCACCAUCGGGGCGGUGGCAGCGGCUGGCCUGGGCACCAGUGCCAUCGUGGCCAUCCUCAUCUGCAUAAUCAUCCUGCUCACCAUGGUCCUGCUGUUCGUCAUGUGGAUGAAGCGGCGGGAGAAAGAACGCCACACCAAGCAGCUGCUCAUUGACCCCGAGGAUGACGUCCGCGACAACAUCCUCAAGUACGACGAGGAAGGGGGCGGCGAGGAGGACCAGGACUACGACCUCAGCCAACUGCAGCAACCGGAGGCCAUGGAGCAUGUGCUGAGCAAGGCCCCUGGGGUGCGGCGGGUAGACGAGAGGCCUGUGGGUGCCGAGCCCCAGUACCCAGUCAGGCCUGUGGUGCCCCACCCAGGAGACAUCGGUGACUUCAUCAACGAGGGACUCCGGGCAGCUGACAAUGACCCCACUGCGCCCCCCUACGACUCCCUGCUGGUCUUCGACUACGAGGGGAGCGGCUCCACCGCGGGCUCCGUCAGCUCCCUCGACUCGUCCAGCUCGGGGGACCAGGACUACGACUACCUGAACGACUGGGGGCCCCGCUUCAAGAAGCUGGCCGACAUGUACGGAGGGGGCGAGGACUAGGCGUCCCCCAGGCGUUAGGGGCCCCUCCACCCCCUGCCCCCCAGCACCCAGCUGUCUGGCCGCCCCGCCCGCUGCAGCGGCCAAGGUGGCGUUGAAGGCGAGCGAGAGGCACGCUGUCUUAACUUGAAUUUCUUAGAACAGAAGCACUGUUUUUAAAAAAAAAAAAAAUGAAAGUGCCUUUUGGUACAUGUAUCAGAUUCCCUCAAACUCAGGAGUGACUAAACGCAAGCAGAGAGACCAAGCCCCCAACCCAGUCCUGAGCACCCCAACCCUGCUGGCCCAGCUCUGAAGGCACCCAUUAAGGAACCGGGGAGAGUGCGUCUUUUUUCUUUUUCUCAAUCUUUCAUUAAGAAAAAAAGUGGGUAACUCACUUGGCAAAUUUUACAAAGAAAAUAUAAUCUGGGCCACAUCCCAACGGCCCUUCUGAGCUUUCACUUUGCUGCACGCAGUCAGGGUCUCCUGGCCCCUGGGGCUCCUCCAGCCAGUGGAGGCAGGAAGGCUGGCCUACAGCCCCGGAAGCAGGAAGCCCCCCUGGGCCCCCAGCCAUCCAGAGGUGCAGCAGCUGGAUGUGGCAUUCAACGAGUUUUCCGCUGGGUCCUGGUCCCAGAUGCUGUAAAUCGCUGGGGCGGGCAGGCUUCCCAGGGCCGUACUGAUGCCCCAUCUCUGCCUUGACCGUCCCCCUGCUCCUCCCUGCCAACCACUGGGCCUCUCUGAGGUCUGCCCAUCACCCAAACACCCCCCAGGUCCCACAGCCUUCGGUCCAGGAGAGCAUGGUGUCCCAAGAAGCUGCUGCCCAAACCAGCCAGCAUCCUAGAAGCCCUGGCAUGAGCCCCCACCCUUGCGAUGGGACCCGCGGGCCCCAUCAGAGGCCUGGUGAGUGCACACCAGUCCAAACCCUGCAGCGCUCGACACCUCUGGCCCCCACCGGGGGUGUGGAGACAGCUACGCAGGGGCCCCACUCGCGUUUCCAGGCGUGGAGGCUGCAGCCUCCUUUCUCUGCCCAGCCCCAAGGGAAGCCUGACGCCUGAUGUGGGCUCACUGCCCCCCAGGGAGGGUGCCGCCGCUUCUGUGCAGACGUGUUUGGACUGUACCUGGCAGAAAUGGGGGCCCAUUUCCACUCCCCUGGACCCGCUUGAGCGCCAAAGGCCACCAGGCUGGAGAGCUGCUCAAACUCCGAGCCACAGUCGCCGCUCUGAUGGGCAGUUGGACUCUGAAGCCGGCCUCCAGCGAGUCGGUGCCACAGGACAGCGAAGGGACUGUGCCCCCAGGACCCCACUGGCGUCUGUCCGAGGGAAAGGCACUGUGGACGCUUCUCUCCCCACUGCCCCCAGGACAGCUGUUUCGGAGCAUGAAGGCAUCCUGGCCUCAGCAGGAGAGGCACCUCCUGAGGAGUCCUUGUCGGCUCUCAGGCUCCCGCAGGAAGAGGGCGAGGGUGUGGGACUUGGCGCUGGAGCCCCCUUGGGGGAGAGGAGCCUGGGGCCGGGGAAGGACGAGGCAGCACCCCUGCUUUGGAGCCCUGCCCCGCUCCCCUCCCCACGCCUGCAGCUGGGGAGGCCUCCAGAGGGCCCGGGGAGCAGCAUGUCCCCCGACUCCACGGGGAGCUGUGACACAUCCCACCAGCGGCCUGUCCCUGGGCUGUGCUCACCCUCUCCUGAACAGCUCUGGCCUCCAGGGUGAACUUGGGUGUGCACGUGCAUGUGCAGUGUGUGGGUGAGUCCCCGCUGGACGUCAGGGUUCUUCCCCCAGAGAGACGCAUCCCCACCCCCUGCAUUCUCCCGGAGCUGAGCUGGCGUUACAGCUCCGCGUGGCCCCUUGGGCUCUGUCCGUUCUGACCCCGUCCAGAGGACCAUCUCACGGACUGGGGGCUGCCAAGCGGAGGGGCCAGGACCUCCCUGCAGAGCCUUGCUAUGCAAACCGCCCAGCACCAGGAGCCAGUGAGGACUGCCCCAGUGUCUGGGGGCACCUCCACCCCAGACUUUCCCAUGGGGUUGGGCUGGUGAGGUGUGGCCUUUGGUUUGGUCCAUUUUGCGGAAGUUCACCCUGCAGCCGAGCUCCUAAGUGUGCUGUGGUCCGGGAGUUGAGGUGGCUACGGACUCCUGUCUGAAAUCCCAAGGCCUCCUUGGGUGCCCGGCCCUGCACUCUCCUCAGGGACAGAUGUGCCAGGCCGCCCGGGACUCAGUCUCCUGAACACCGAUGGCGCCGGGCCCUCGGGUGACCAGGUGGCCUCUGUGGCCACAGGGUCCCAACCACCUGCCUCCGGCUCCUCACCCUCCCCUGCCUUUGCCUCAGUGUGCGGCCUGGGGAUGCAGCAGGGCUUCUGCGGUCCCUGCUCCCAGAUCUCACUCCUGCCGGGGGUGUUCCUGGGGGCCAGAGAAAGAUGGGGUUCCCACACCCUCCCAGAUCACCUCGGUGCACCGCUCCGAAGCCAGCACGUUAGCAUUAGCUAAGCUUACAGUGUCAAACAUCUCCCUGCUGUAGCCCAUAGAUACGCGUCCAGGGCCGGGCAGCGGCCUGUGGAGGCCCGGACCCCGUGCUGGCAGAGCAUGUGGGCGCAGUUUAGUUUCUUUAGGGAAUUUUUGUCCUGCAAACAGGAGAACCUGCCCUGUAGGGGGAGUGGCAAGAGCGCCCAGCCUCGGCCCAGCAGGCACCCCCGCCGAGGGCCACUGCGUCUUCUGUUCUCGGCCAAGCUGGUCUUCUGUUCUCCUGAUUCACAGCAUGUCCAAAGUGCUAGGCCCCCACUACCACCAGUGUCAGGCCCGCAGAGACGCCUCGGUUUCCCCAACACACCGGCCGACACACACCGUCCUUUGAAACAACAGCUUUGCCCUCCCCAGAGUAAAAAGCUGCGGGAGGGGAGGCUUGGUUUUCGUCAGAGCCUCCCACACACGGUGUCAUGCGCAGGAGCUCAUGGCAACGCGGCGCACACGGUACAGGCGCCGCUCGGUGGUCAGGCCCGGCGGGGGACCCACGUCUGUGUACAAUUGGAACGCGUUUUGCUUUUUCUUUUUCUCCUUUUUCCAUUCUGGGUCUUUUUUUUUUUUUUUUGCAUGUUUCUUUUUGAAGAUGGACACAAUGUGCAGCAGCCCGCAUGACCGUGGUUGUUUUGGGGAAAGAUAACAGGAGUAUGAUGUAUUCACACUGCAACUCGGAGCAUUGUGUGGUUAGACAGACGUUCCAACUGGUUUUGUAAUCGUCAACAGCACAACUAUUUUGUAUUGUUGUUUGUAUCAUUUUGUACCAAAAAAAAAAAAAAAAAAGGGAA